AUGCUCCGCUUAUCCUGCGGUCACCGGACUACAGGAAACCCGUAUCUCGCUACCUUUACUGAAGUUCCCAAAGAUGUGACUGUUAGGGAGGGAGAUGAUAUUGAGAUGCCUUGUGCUUUCCGAGCCAGCGGAUCCACCUCUUACUCCUUGGAAAUCCAGUGGUGGUACCUUAAAGAACCAGCCAGAGAACUUGCACACGAAUUAGCCAUCAGUGUCCCCGGCAGCAGGAGCAAGGUAACAAAUACGGAUGCAACCAAAAUCAGCUCUUCUAUAUUGGAAAAGAUAAAGAAUAAAAUCUCCUUCUCUCCCUUGUCUCUCUCUUUUCUAGGUACAGGACCUAUUUAUGCUACAGACCCACUCCUAUAUGUGUUCCUGUUAAUACUGCAUAAGCUUGUACAUUUAUUAGUAAACCACUGACGGACUACUUCCUCCACUCCUCCUCAGCCAAACAAAAAGGAACCUAUUUAAAAACAGAACAAACCCCUGACAAAAAAAUACCUACAGUUUUAAAGAUGGACAGAAAGAGACUGAAAGAAGCAUGAUGAAUUCUACGUGGGGGGAAAAACGUAUUUUUGGGGAUGCCACAGAAAGUAAACCGCAUAGAAUAAUGCAUCUAGUUUCCAGACUCUAUGGUGUAGAGCCCUGCUCUAUGCAUGGCACUUAUGAUUUCUCUAUUUUAAUGUAAUUUUUUCUUUUCUAAACCUUUCCUCUGACUCUUCAUUUUGCACGAACUGUUGAGCAGUUAUCUUUAUGACAAUAUGUAAAGAUGUUGGGUCAAAGCCCUUCCUAAGAAAGGAAAUAUUUUUAGUAGAUUAUUGUGUUUAGGUUUUUUGGAUUUCCUUUUUCUUUUUUAAUUAAAUUAUUUCUUUUGGAGACAUUUUAAUUAAAAAGGUACAUCUUACCAUAAUUAAUAUUCACUGUCAAUAAUAUUUAUUUUUAAAUGAAGAUUGGAAACAAGGUAAGACAUUUGUUUAUAAGCUGUAUUGUAUAUUGCUGAAUAACAGUUGAAUAAAAAGAUUUUGAAAUAAAGUUUUUACAG